AUGGCACGGGUGCGGUCCUUGGAUACCCGGCCGUUGCGGUGCUACCGCUGUCUGCUCACGGGUCACGUGGGCCAGCGGUGCACCGCCAAGGAGAACCGCGGCGGAGCUUGCUUCCGUUGCGGACAAGACGGCCAUAAGGCCGCAACGUGCAUGCCCCUUCGCCGCAUUGCCCGUAUUGUGCGGCGGCGAAGAGGAAGGCGGACCACAAAAUUGGGAGCACCAAAGGGUGCCGUCCGCCUAAACAGGCGGCGAGAGUGGAGGCGAUGGAGGCCGAGUCCGGCCCGUCACCUCCCACCACGGGCCUCGCGGCAGCCGAUGCGGGGGCGUCGGCUGUCACCUAAGGCGGUGUGA